UGCAAGAUGGAAUUGGUUGAAGAUACCACAACAUACUCCACUGAGCAAUCUGAGCACUUUAAGCCAUGCAAAGAUAAGGAUCUUGCAUACUGUCUCAAUGAUGGGGAAUGCUUUGUCAUUGAAACCCUAACAGGCUCCCACAAACACUGCCGGUGCAAAGAGGGCUACCAAGGAGUCCGCUGUGACCAAUUUUUGCCGAAAACUGACUCAAUCUUGUCAGAUCCAACUCACCAUUUAGGAAUUGAAUUCAUGGAGAGCGAAGAGGUUUACCAGCGACAGGUGCUGUCUAUAUCCUGUAUCGUCUUUGGCAUAGUCAUAGUGGGCAUGAUCUGUGCAGCGUUCUACUUCAAAACAAAAAAACAGGCAAAACUUAUUCAGGAACAGCUGAAAGAAUCACAGAAUGGGAAAACCUACAGCCUUAAUGCUUCUAGCAUGAUGGCAAAAUCACAAACCAGGGCACAAAGCCGAGUCCAGCUGCAAAAUUACUCAAAGGCAAACAGACAUCCAGAGCCAGUAAUGGAAAAAAUGAUGGAGUCAAGUUUUUCAGGAACUCAGCCCUUCCCUGAAGCCUUGUCUCGUGACAGAGGAGGCCAAGCUAUGAAGUCACACAGAGGUCUCUCUUCAUGCUGCAGCCCAGCUCAGCGAACUGGAAUGCUCCACAGGAAUGCCUUUCGGAGGACUCCUCCCUUACCUCGGGGCAGGUUCAAUGGAAUUACAGGACCAGCAUACCAACAAUUAGAAGAGUCAAGGAUCACAGAUCAAGAUACAAUACCUUGUCAAGGGUUGUCUACUGGUUUAAAAACACCACAGAAUACUUCAAUAAAUAUGCAACUGCCUUCAAGAGAAACAAGCUCCUAUUUUAAUAGUGUGGCUCAAAAGGACAUGGUUGGCUACUCAUCUCCAAGAGCCAAUUCUGUUCCCAUCAUCCCUUCUGUGGGCUUAGAUGAAGCCUGCAUGCAGACACAAAACGUUUCAGACAUUACAAACAUCAAAUGGUGCAAAAACUCCUAUUCCACUGAACUUGUCAAAGUGAGUGCCCCAGCCAACAGUUGUCUUAUUGCAGAACAACAAGAAGUCAAAAUAUUGUUAGAAACUGUCCAGGAGCAGAUCCGAAUUCUGACAGAUGCCAGGAGGUCAGAGGACUUUGAACUGACAAAUGCUGAUGCUGACAGCAGUACAAGUGAAAACACGGCUUUUCUGCCUAUGAGCCCUGUGGUGAAAUCAGAACGAGAGGCACAGUUUGUCUUAAAAAGUGAAACAAAAAGAGACUCAGCAUUGAUGAAGUGACUUUGAAUGGGGGGGUAGGGUAAGGGUGGGGGGGCAGGGGAUAUAUGGAUCUGUGCAUUUGAAGCUUUGCUAAACAGGAAAGAGAGGAAAUAAAAUACAAAUUAUUUAUAUGCAUUAAUUUAAGAGCAUCUACUUAGAAGAAACCAAAUAGUCUAUCGCCCUCAUAUCAGUGUUUUUUAACAAAAUAUUUUUUUAAGGGAAAGAGAGAUACCAGGAGGGGCAACACUUAAUUCGGAAAUUCUGAAUUCUUUUCUUCUUCUUUCUUCCUGCCCACCCGCCCCUUCUUCUGUUGUUUCCUCCAGGCUUAUAUACACAAUUUCACAAUUGUCCUGUCUGAAGGUUUAAUCUGGCACUACCCUUAGAGGUAUGGAUUUCAAGUGAGUGCUUCAUGACAAGAUUGCUGGAGAGGUUCUCCAGCAGAAGUUUCAUUGAAAUGAAUAGAAGGGUCACAGCAAAUAUUCUUGCUGAAUUCCCAUUGUUUUUUUUUCACCCAGUGGAGUUUAUAGGGGUGACAUUAUCAGUUGUGCCCAACAUUGGCUGUCCUCCAUACUUUGUAAUCCAGAUGUGCAAAACUCCUUUCUCGCAGUUUGAUUCUGGAAUCCUCCAGAUUUGCAGCUAGUUAAUUCCUGAUUGAUUCAUGAAAACCUUGGCUACCAGUUCACAGUUUUAAAACAUAAAUGGAGUGUGACUGAAAGAUUACCAAAAACAGCCUUGCUCAAUUCAGUGCCCUCCAGAUAGAUGUAUUGAACUACAGCUCUCCUCACCCCCAUGCCCAAUUAUCAUGGGCUAAUGACUCUGCUGGCUGGGGAUAAUGGUUUUUAUGGUCCAACGCAUCUGGGAAAAUCUGACCUAAAGGGGUACCCAAGGACAUUUGGAACUUCAUCUAAAGUCCUUGGAAAUAAAAAACACAGGUGAGGAAUUCUGAAGGAAGCCAUAAGAGUUUUUUGCCAGUACUAGUAAUUGUUACUGUGAUGGAGAAAUUUAAAGUAUUUUUGGAAGUUCCUCUGCUGACAUUUUGAAGGAAGUCAAAACAGCUUUGGUAGAUCUAGAAACAUUCCUCAGGGGAGUUUUGCAUGUCCCUUAUUCAUGCAAAUAUAUUGCUGACCUGUAUGAAUUUGAAUGUUUAGAGCCAAGAUUCAAAUUCUAGCUAUCCAGGAAUUAGGGAUGUUUUAAAGUACAGUUAAUUAUUUCCAUUCCAGAAGUUGUGAUCUCUGCUCUAGCAGUUGAAUCUAGCAAUGAGCUUUCUGCUCACUCAAUGAUCACUACUAAAAAUAUAAUUCAGAAAUACAUUUCUUCACCUCUUAAUUUGGACCCAAAUGAAAUCUGUAUACUUAACAGGAUGGGUAACACAUGGCAAAUAUGCAGACUGUGUGUUUGUGCGUGCGUGUAAUUUACAAUUUUUUGUUUCAAGCAAAAUACUUCAGCCACAUUCAUUUGCCAUGGAGUUUAAAGUAUUGUCAGAAUGUCAUUCUUGGAAGUUGUUUGUGAACUCUGAAGGACCGAUGAAGUAUAUGCAUAUGUGUGCAUUUUAACUUUACAGUAUUAAUUCUCAUCCUGAGAUCUGGCACCUCCAGUGUGUUUUUGUAUUUAGCAUAUAUUUGGAAACACCACUUUAAAUUUACUUCCAUUUCAAAUAUCCUGAUUCACUUUCAACCUGAUUUACUGCAAAAUGAAGCUAUUUCCUGAACAUGAUCCAAAGCUUCUUUGGCCCCAUGAGAGGAAAUCCUCAAUUUGCGUGCACUAAUUUUCCUUUGUCCAUAUAAGGAAUUCCUUUGUCCAUAUAAGGAAUUCCAUGACCAGGGAUGUAAUGAAUGCUCACAAUUGUUCCUCUCCUUAGUGAAAAAGCAUGUCUUAUCACAUCAAGAUACCUCAUUUUAAAAUAACUGGCAGGCAAUGUGGGAUUGUUCAGUCCUGCAUGAAGCAAACAAUUCAGUGCUAAGUAGCAACUUUAACUAACAAGCAAAUUAUUUGUGCAUCAGAAACACAUAUCUUAUGCACAACACUCAUGGCCUUUUGUGCAGAAGCAGAAUGUUUAUUGCACAACGUACAAAGGUUGUUUAAAAUAUAAAAAGUAUAUACGUAAAUAUAUAUAAAAAAACACUUCUGCAAUUUUUUUUGUGGGGGGAAAGCCUCAACAUGUAAAAAAUGAAUAAAAUUUCCUGUAUUUUUGCCCAGCAAGGAUAAGCCUUUACAUUUUUUUUAUAUUUUCACAUCUGAGAACAAAAUGAGCAAAGAUUUGCAUCCCUAGCCAUGACGCAACAGAAUGAAGUAGCUUCAGCUUAUAAUGGACAUUUUGUAUACAUUAUCAUAGCCCCAAAUAUACCCCAGAGCCUCUGGACUGUGGUCACUGUUUGAAUCGGCUGCAGACACAGACUUUUAGGCAUGGCUUUGACCUACUCUGGAUAUUAAACACACACACACACACACACACACCACAAAAUUCAAAAAUUUUACACUCCCUGUUUUCCCUGCUUCUUUAUAACAUCUUUAGAAGAAGUUGCAUAUCUCAUUGUAGGGGAGGUGUACCACUUUUACUUCAGAAGUUACAAAGUCAAGGAAAGUAUGAAUCCUCAUCUCUCUGCAAACUGUACACUCCAGAGCUGUCCAUAGGCAUUAGGCCUUAGAGUCUUGAGUACACAAUCAGUGGCUGAAAUCCAGCAGUAACUCACAAUUAGAGUAGCCCAACUGAAUCAGCAGGGAUUUGGUGAGU